AAAAGUGUUAAUGAAUAUGUAUUAACUGAGUGUGGGCGGGGCGGUCUGCAAGUCCGUCUCGGCCUGGCCGGACUCCGGCGCGCGGGGCUUCCUCGACCUCCUGCAUGGCUCCCGGAACAGCCGGGCUGAGCAGAGCCCGGCCCCAGCUGGACAAGCAGUUCCUUUGGCGCUUUCUAAAGAUCCAAGCAAUUUUAUUUCCUAGAUUCUCUUCUCAGAAUGUGCUGAUGUUCCUUACCUUGCUUGUGGUUGCCCUCUUAGAGCAGCUGAUCAUUUACCAGGUGGGUGUGAUCCCCAGCCAAUAUUAUGGAGUUCUGGGGAGCAAGGAUCUUUCUGGGUUCCAGAAUGUCACCGCUGUUGCUCUGAUUCUCAUUGUGUUGAACUCUGUGCUGAAGAGCUUUGACCAAUUCAUCUGCAACUUGAUGUACGUGAGCUGGAGAAAGGUGCUCACUGAAUAUCUGCAUGGCUACUACUUUCAGGGCCAGGUGUAUUAUACCUUGAACAUGCUACAUGAGGAUAUCGAUAACCCAGACCAGAGAAUCAGCCAGGAUGUGGAGAGGUUCUGCAAACAACUGAGCUCCAUGGCCAGUAAGGUGAUCGUGGCUCCCUUCACUCUUGCGUACUACACCUAUCAGUGCUUUCGCAGCACUGGAUGGAUGGGGCCUGUCAGUAUCUUUGGUUAUUUCAUGAUUGGGACAGUCGUCAACAAGGUCCUAAUGAGUCCCAUUGUUUCAACACUGGUUCAGCAGGAGAAGUUGGAAGGUGAUUUCAGAUUUAAGCAUAUGCAGCUGAGAGUGAAUGCUGAAUCUGCAGCUUUCUACAGAGCUGGCCCAGUGGAGCACAUGCGAACCAACCGCAAACUACAGAAUCUCCUGCAGACCCAGAGGGAGCUGAUAGGCAAGGAGCUGUGGCUGUACAUUGGGAUCAACACUUUUGACUACCUGGGCAGCAUUCUGAGUUAUGUGGUGAUUGCAAUUCCCAUCUUUGGUGGCGUCUACGGAGAUCUGGAUCCAGCGGAACUGAGCUCACUGGUCAGCAAGAAUGCCUUUGUCUCCCUGUACCUGAUUGGGUGUUUUAGCCAGCUCAUUGACCUUUCCACCACUGUGACUGACGUGGCAGGCUAUACACAUAGAAUUGGAGAACUUCAGGAAACACUUGUGAAACUCUCCAAGAAACAAAGUGACUGUGAAUUGGAAGCGAAAUGGAACCUCAACAAGUCUUUGAUAAACGACCGUUCCACCAGUGUUUCUGUUUCUAAGGAACAAGCAGCACCAAGCGACGCAGCGUUUUUCCUGGACCAGGUCUCUCUCUCUGUUCCUUCUUCUGAGAAGCUGCUUAUCAAAGACCUAAACUUGAGAGUCACACAAGGGAACAGUCUGCUGAUUACAGGGAACACAGGCACAGGGAAGACGACGUUGCUGCGUGUCCUUGCUGGCCUCUGGGAAAGCAAGCAGGGGGAUGUCCACAUGCUAACCUGCUUUGGCCCCCAUGGGCUGGUGAUCUUGCCACAACGGCCUUUCUUCACAGAUGGGACACUGCGCGAACAGGUGAUUUACCCUCUGAAGGAGAUCUAUCCAGUUUCAGGGUCUGCAGAUGUUGAAAGGAUACUGAGAUUCUUGGAGCUGGCUGGCUUGUCUGAUUUGCUCGCGAGGACAGGAGGCUUGGACCAGCCAGUGGACUGGAACUGGUAUGAUGUCCUGUCCCCAGGGGAGAUGCAGAGGCUGUCGUUUGCCCGUCUUUUCUAUCUCCAGCCCCAGUACGCAGUGUUGGACGAAGCAACCAGUGCACUGACUGAGGACGCUGAGAACGAGCUGUACAGGAUCUGUGCACAGCUGGGAAUGACUCUGGUUAGCGUGGGCCACCGCAGCAGCCUAGAAAAGUUCCAUAGCUGGAUAUUGAGACUGUGUGGAGGAGGAAAAUGGGAACUGACAAGAAUCAAGAAAGACUGAGGCAGUCGUGGAUGACAGAAAGCGGAAUGAAAAGUUCAGACGGGACAGUUGCCAAAGUGCCUUGGAAUCGGUGUGCCUUUGGGGUUGAAAGAGGCGUACCUUCAGAAUCAACAGGUGCUAAUGAGGUUUCCGUUAACUAAAGACAGUCCUCUUCUGCUGAAACAAUAGGGCCAGAAGGGCAAAUCAUUGCCUUGUAUAGAAAAUUUCCUCCAGCCUCUUCAGAAAGAAGGUAUUACGUAGGUAUUCAAUCAGAAGGAAUUACUUAGAAGGAACAAGACACUUCUGCUUGCACCUCCUUUCAGAUAGAAUAACUAAUUGGUGUUGGAGAGAACAGAAUGAAGCAGUGAAGACUUGUUCUGAACAUUCCACAAUGUGAACAUGAACCGUUCUCAUCUGUGCCUGAAAGAGGGUGUGUGUGUGUUAGGCUUCAGGCUAAGGCCUUGCUGCCUGGAUAGGAACAUCUGAACGGCAAUGACAAUAUCUCUACUCUGCACAGGACCCUGUCUGCUCUUGGUGCAGUGUCUUGACUCCCUUGAUACUACAGCAACCUCUUCUUUCUCAAGGAGUUCACCAGUAGAGGGGGUGGGGGGGACUAAGGAAAGUAUUCUAGGUUGUAAGUGUUGCAUGCCUGCCAGCUCUUUGUAUUACAGCAGUAGGUUUAAUUAUGUGUUUUCCAUGGAGGGACAGAAUCUCAAUUCUCAGGGCUGCUGGAAAUCUCAGAGCUGGUGAUAUGCAUGCACACUCCGCAGCCAGGGAGAUGGGUGUGCGUUGCCAGACUCCUGCAGAUGCAGCAGAUUUGAUGUGAUAAUUGAAAGUCCUCUUUUUUGAGGCAGAUGGACAUUCCUGCCCUGUGACUGCCCAGGAUGAGGGCGGCAUGCAGGUUGCAGAGUAUAGCUUCAUAAUGGAGAACCUGUGGAACUCGUGCAUACUGCUGAGAGAGGAUUCUUGGUGUUUUGUCUUUUUUCUUAUUCUGUUUGCUUUUUAAAAUGGCUUUCUGGUCCUUAUUUGGGUUAAAAUUAGAAUUAAAGCUUGAAAAUGUAUGUUUUUUAUAUACUGGUUUAAAAGUUCAGAAUCCAAACGUUUCUAUCUCCAGCCCCAGUAUGGUUUGAAGCUUCUGACAGUUAUUAGAUCAAACUUCCACACAGCAUCCUAUUCUAAUGUUUCCUCCAUUAGUACAGUUGUAGCGCUUUCCCUGUUCUCCUUUUCAUCACAUCUUAAAAACAUCAAGAGGUAAAAUCCGGAAAUGAGUGUGAAUGUGGGAUGGCGUAGAGACAAAUACCAGCCAGUCUUAUUUUGACAAGUAAAGGUUUUUGAGUUGGAAUUUAGAGGUAGACAAUACAGAACUCUGCAUUUCUGUUAUAAUGCCUUACACCAAAACUAGAAUGGCUUUGUUUUCUGGGGGGGUGGGGAGGGGGUGGGAGAAGGAAUCUGAUAUCCAGUAUUAAGUAGUCCACACUUGCUUUUCCACAGUAUGUGUUGGCAGACUACUGUGCAGAGAAGUGUCAGGCAUACUGACCAAAGAAUUAAAAGGUUAAUGUUUAUUAGGGGAACUACAUUUCAGAUAGGAAAGAGGAGGAGCAGAGAGAGCCAUUACCUGCCACUACCUUGCUAGCUAGGGAAGAAGGAGGACAUUUAACUUCUAAGAAGGAGGAGAUUAGACCAAAGAGUAUCAGUCUAAAAACCGACAAAAGGUGAUACAAAAGGACAGAGGGGUCUCUAGCUUUACAGCCUAUCUAGUUGACCACUUGCCUGCCCCCUGCUGCAUCUUCUUAGUUCCUUUGCAGGCUAGAUGUUGCCACUUCCUAUAGUAUGCUCCCACAACUCUUGGGGAAAUACGUUUUUGUGGCUUUUUCAGUGGUUUAUCAUUCCUAGCUAAUAAGCCACCAUCCUCUUCAGUAAGGGAUUUUUGAAGCAGGACAAACUGUUGCUGUUUGCAGGACACUUGGGAGCCACUUGAGGUAUCUGGGCUACUGGCCCUCCUUUUCCGGCAGAAGUUUCCUGUGUCCCUCAAUGAUGUCCUUCACCGCCUCAUGAUCAUCCAGGGUUGUUAGAUCCCCCAGCUCGUUGGCUUUGUUUUCUACAAUCUUCUUCAGAACCCGCCGCAUAAUCUUUCCUGAACGAGUCUUAGGCAGCCGCCGAGCCACCUGAGCCAGAAAAAUAGGAAGGGUUACAGCAGGUUGAGACCAGGAGCAAGUUUUGCACUCACACUCCACCUCAUUAGAGCAAAGAGCAUUGGGCAGAAGGCAAGUGCUUGCUUGAGCACAUACUGACUGCCGAAGUUCACGGUCACGUCUCUUAGAUCCCUUCUGCACAUGCAGAAUAAUGCACUUUCAAUCCACUUUGCACCUGGAUUUUACUGUGCAGAAUAGCAAAAUCCACUUGCAAAGUGAAAGUGGACUAAAAGUGCAUUAUUUAGCCUGUGCGGAAGGGGCCCUAGAAUCACACCUAAUUGGUCAAAUAGGUUCAGGCCAGCUGCAGGCAGUGUGACAUAAAACAAGAGCAUUCAUUCUGGUUUGUAUAUUUGUACAUUCAUUCUGGUUUGUACUUUAACCAAAAUACCUGCUUUUGGACUGUGAAACUAUUAUCUGGAUUCUGUACCUUCCUGGCGGACCAGGUGCUAUCAAAGGCUCAUUCUGCAUAUGCAGAAUAAUGCACUUUCAAACUGCGUUCAGUGCUCUUUGAAGCUGUGUGGAAUGGCAAAAUUCACUUGCAAACAGUUGUGAAAGUGGUUUGAAAAUGCAUUAUUUUGCGUGUGCGGAAGGGGCCUAAGUCAGAGAACUAAAGCUCUCUGGACUGAGUAUCCUACAUUUGUUAUAUAAUUUUAUUGUUUUCUUUGCUGUUUCUGCAUUGUUUAUAUAGUUGUAUAUUCUUCUAUGUUUCGUUUAAUACACUUUAUUAAUCGUAUUCGGUGGUGUUACUUGGAUUUUGGGGCUUCAGUAUAAACCCAGGACCUUGCCCUAUUUUGGUUACAACUUACAAGUAUCCUACCUUGCAGGACUGACUUCUUGAUUAAUAUCGGGUAAGUCUGGAGACGUGGUCCCUCAGUCUGUCAGUUGAGGGUUACCUGAGAGGGGCUGGUGGUAGCUCAUUACUCAGGGCAGUGAGAAUUCACUCCCCAAUCUUCUGCAUUUUGCUUUUUUUGGCCUAUCACUACCCUUCACAUAAUGUAUUGUUUUGUGUUUAGAAUUCUGUAUUUUGAUCAUAGAACAUACGAAGCUGCCAUAAACAAAAUUAAACCGUUGGCCUAUCUA